AUGGAAGAUGAUGCCUGGCAGCGAGAAUGUGUUAUGGACGUAUCACCAGGCGGCAAUGAGACUUGGUUAACAGAGUGCGACCCCAACAUCAAGCCGGCACAAGGUCAAAUGUUUAAAAACUUAGACGACGGUAUUGAACUCUACAUGAAGUAUGCAUCUAUAGCUGGCUUUGAUGUGCGUCGAAGUUCUGACAAGAAGAACAGGUAUGGGGCCAUUUUGAGGAAAAAGAUGGUUUGUUCACGUGAAGGUUUUAAGGAAACCAAAAACACAGGGCCGGUUGUUAGUGAUGCCCCAACCAAGGCCAGACGCCGCCGGCCCUCAACAAGAGUUGGGUGCAUGGCUAGGAUUGUAUUCAAACGAGACAAGACGGGAAUGUAUGUUGUGACGACAUUCGAAGAUGCACACACGCACUGUUUGUGCGAGGAGAGUUACAAGCCUUUCUUGAAAGUGAAUAGGAAACUAGAUGUUGGUCAUCAGCAGUUCAUAACAAAUUGCUCUAAGGUUAAUGUCGGUGCCAGUAAGAGCUUUGACAUAUACGCAGAGAUGGUUGGUGGAGUUGAGAAUGUGGGUUGUACGCAGCAAGAUUUCAAGAAUUACCGAAGGGAGGUGUUGGCAUACAUGCAAGGUAGAGACGCACAAAUGGUAAUAUCAAAAUACCUUGAUAUCAAAUCUGACUACAGUGACAUGUACUUCGAAUACGAAGCAAAUGAAAAAGAUCAAUUGGCACGUGUGUUUUGGGCAGACGGUGUGGCACGGCAAAAAUUCAGUGCGUUCGGAGAUGUCGUAUCAUUCGAUGCAACGUACAAAACAAACAGGUACAGUCUCAUGUUUGUCCCAUUCACAGGCGUAGACAACCACAAAAAAUGCGUGACAUUUGCCGCAACACUAAUUGCUAGGGAAGAUGUGGAAUCGUAUUGUUGGGCGCUGAGGCACUUCAAGAUCGCAAUGGGUAGCAUACCGCGUAUUACAGUAACCGAUCAAGACCCGGCCAUGAAGGUAGCAAUUACAAAAGAAUUCCCGGAGACCCGACACCGUUAUUGCAUGUGGCACAUAAUGACGAAGCGCGAGUUCGGAAUAUUUCGAAGUCGCGUGGAAAGGAGUUAUUGA